AUGGCUGAAUCUGAAUUUGAAAACAACUUUGAUGAUCUUUUGCACAGGCCCUCAAGCAAUACCAUAUCUGAAACUUUAAGUGAAAUGGAUGUUUCCAAUCCAUUUCAUGAUGUUGUAUCACCUUUAGUUGCAGCAGAAGAAACUUCUGACACCGAAGUGAACGAUCCUAGCAUUUUAAAUAGUCAGGUUAAUCAUAAAAAUAGUUUAAAAAAUUCUGCAAUAUUUUCUUCGAGGCUUGAUGAAAGGGAAUUCGAAGAUGUAGAUGUGUCUUCCGUAAAAGGAAUUGAUGUUACUUCGUCAGUUUCUACUGAAAGUAAUAUUCAUGAAAGUAGUAGUGGUGAAGACUCUCUUGAAGACGAAACUACUAUUGCAAGAUCUCGCAAUGAUCGAAGACUUGCAAAUUUGGGUUAUAAUUCAAUCCAGUCUGAUCUGCAAAACAGCUCAAUGCCAAACUUUGAUAUCACAGUUGAAGAUCCUCAAAAGAUUGGUGACGCUAUCAGUGCGCACAUCAUUUAUAAAGUCAGAACCCGAACUACGUCUUCGGCUUUUAGAAAUCAAGACUUUACUGUAUUAAGACGAUAUCGCGAUUUCUUAUGGCUUUAUAAUCAGUUAACUUUCGGUAAUCCCGGAGUCAUUGUCCCUCCCGUGCCAGGAAAACAUGCCAUUGGUCGUUUUCAAGAUGAAUUUGUGGAAAAUCGACGUCAAGCUCUUGAAAAAUGUUUGAAAAAAAUCACUUCUCAUCCUAUAUUAUAUCGUGAUCCGGAUCUAAAGUUGUUUUUGGAGUCUGACACGUUCACUAUUGAUGUUAAACGAAAAAAUCAAGACGAAUCCAAGGGCGUGUUAAAGUCAUUAGGUGAAGCAGUGUCAAAUGCGACAACUUUUAACAAAUUUACAGAAACAGAUGAAUGGUUUGAAGGUCGAAGGAAUCAAUUAGACAUUCUGGAAUCACAGUUGAAAACAUUGCUUAAAUCAGUCGAAUCCAUGGUAAAACAACGUAAAGAUUUGGGUGGUGCAACAGUUGAAUUUGGGGAUAGCUUAUUAUCAUUGGCCGAUGCUGAACUCAACAUCAACAAAUCUUUGGCCAAUAAUUUAACGAUUUUAGGAACUAUACAACAAAAAAUCAGAGAAUUGCACGAGAAACAGGACGUGAUAACAUUAGAAAAUACUAUAGAAGAGUACAUUCGCAUAAUUGCAUCCAUUAAAGUUGCGUUUAAUUCACGUGCCAAAGUUCAUCAGACAUGGCAAAAUUCCAUUUCUGAUUUGCAAAAGAAAAAGGCCUAUUAUGAAAGAUCAAAAGCACAAGGAAGAUUCAGUCAAGAAAAGCUUUCAAAUAUGUUGACUCAAAUUGUUGAUUCCGAAUAUAAAGUAGAUGAAUAUAAACAAGAGUUCGAGGAUGUUUCUAACCUUAUCAAAGCUGAAUUGGAUCGAUUUGAUAAGGAAAAGGUUAUUAAUCUAUGGGAAACUUAUUUCCAACAAAUAGAGAAUUCCAAUUUGGAAGAUAGUACUGCAACAUAA